CGGCUUCACGUCACACCUGCCCGAACGCUGCACCUCAGGCGCCCGCCAAUCGACCCUCUACGACCGCCAAUUGCACUUUCGCAAACAAGGUGCCUACAAUGGCGGCCAAAUCCGGGGCCCAGCGCUUCGUCAAAUACACACUCGAACCCCAAGGUGUCUAUGCCAGAAUCAAGAACUUCCUCUCCAUCGACCCCGGCCGGUCCUCGGGUGUCCCGCUCAAUGUUUCGUACCGCAACCCACCUCCCGCGGGUGUUGAUCCCAUGAGAUACGACGACCCCACCACCGUUCCCGCUGCCGAUAUCGCCGAGAACCCGUACUGGAAGCGCGACGUGCGACGCCGCUACCCGCAGCUCUCGACCGUUACCCAGGCUGAUGCCGUAGCGCUGCUGGAGGUUGGAAGCGCGGCGGCGCCGAAGCAGGAGUUGAUUGGCGAGGCGGGCUCGAAGCAGCUGGUUGCUGCGCAGGAAAAUGGUGCGAAGGGUUUGGCUGUGGCUUUUGAGAAGAACACCGGGCUUGCGAAGGAUGUCCUAGGACCCGGUGGAAUGCCCCCGCUGCCGAGUGGCAUGAGCCUCGCGCCGCUUGGAGAAAAGCGAUAUGAGAUCGACACAACACAUGGUUUCCCUGAGCAAUACCCUUGCCGACAAUUCCAGUAAGCCGGUGGCUUACACACUGAGAUAGAGCUCUUAGAUGCAGUGUAAAUAUGACCACUAGUUUCCUUGUGUGGUUCCUUUCCCC